GGAGCGCAUAAACUAAUAUGACAACCGUGAUGUUGGACUGAAUCGUGUCAGGGCUGUUGUGCUUCUGGGACUCCCCUCUCCGUGAAGUGGUACAGUCCCGUUAGACGCAGCCAGAGUCCGGGCUGCAGCAGCCGCAGAUAUAGCGGACAGCGACAUGAAGAACAUGCGGAUAAACUGCACUUUUCUAUAAAAACUGACUAUAUAAUGAACUUUUACCGGCUGACAUUUUUACUGGGAGCGUCAGUCUGUGUGUGUGAUGGUGUUCAAGUCACAGUGCGGGAGAAGCAGCGGUUUGCGAUGCUCUUCCAGUCCGUGGUCCUCCCAUGUCAGUACCAAACAGCCUCCAUCCAGCCUCCCGUGGUGCAGUGGUGGUACAAGUCCUACUGUCAAGAUCGUACACGGGAAUCCUUCUCCCUGCCGGAGACUCUGGGCAUCAAGGCCUCCGAGCUGGGAGCCAAAGCUCACCUCGAGUGCGCCGACAGCAGCCGCACAGUUCGGCCUGUGGCCUCGGCGCAGGGAGCCUCCUUGACACUGGCUGAACACUACAAAGGCAGAGACAUCGCCAUCAUAAACAAAGCUGACUUACGUAUUGGGGAGCUGCAGUGGGGCGACAGUGGAGUCUACUUCUGUAAAGUUGUUAUUGCUGACGAUCUGGAGGGGAAGAAUGAGGCCCAGCUGGAGUUACUGGUGCUCGGCAGGAAAGGUGAGCAGAACGACCUACUACCUGAGUUUGAUGUGGAGAUUAUGCCAGAGUGGGCAUUUGUGGGAUCUGUAACCCUGGGCAGUGUCCUGUUCCUGCUGCUGUUGGGGAUCUGCUGGUGCCAGUGCUGUCCUCACUCCUGCUGCUGCUACGUCCGCUGCUGCUGUUGUCCGGACACCUGCUGCUGCCCACGACAUCUGUAUGAAGCAGGAAAGAUGGCAAAGAGCCAACAGUCUGCCCAGGUUCCUGUGUAUCCUUAUUACAUUCCUGGUGUACCAACUGUAGUCCCACUUGCACCUUCAUCCCACCUGGACCCAAAGAUCUCUUCAAUCCCCUCAGUGGAUAAUAACCUGGCUGGAGUGCGCAGUGGUUACCGACUGACAGCCACUCCAGACCAGGACAAAAUGAAAGUUCUUUACUACAUAGAGAAGGAGCUGGCUCAGUUUCCAUCCAACAAGAUGGCUGCACUCAAAUCCAGCAGUUUAUCGGAGCUGAGUUCCCUUCAUGAUGGGGUGAACACAGAUUUCAGACACACCUAUCAGACGGUUCAGAUGAAGGCGCUCCCGCCCAUCGCAGACCAGAAUGAUGAAUUGAGAGUAGCUCCACCAGCACAGACUCGAAGACCCAGACUAGACAAAGGCAUCCACUCUGAUGAUGAACUGGACCGCAGGUGGAAUCCCCGGUCUGAGCACCUGCAGAGGAAGACACUGAACAGAAGAGGGCGCACCGGCUCUCUGGAUGAGCUGGAGGAAUUUGCCCAGUCUUACAACUCUCGUGGUCGUCGGGCCCAACCUCCAGAGCUGCCCUAUGAGCGGGAUUACAGCCCUCCCAGGCGCUUCUACCGGGGUGGAGAUGAAGGCUGGGACCGUCGCAGCCCCUCACCUUUACAGCAAAAGAGAAGGGACACAUGGGACAGUGACCGACCUUCUCGACCACCCCAAAGCAGAAGCUAUGAUGACAGCUUCCUCAAUAGAGUGCUGGAGAGUAAGGCAAGGGGGCGGGGAGGAGACAGAGGGGCCGGGAGGGUGGACGAGGACAGUGACACUCCUUCUAAAGGCAGCUCUAGAGGCAAGGGCAGCGAUAGUUACUACAGCCGGUCACCUAGUAACCGUCCAGAUGAGGAGGACCCUUUGCCUCCAUAUUCUGAGCUGGAGGCAGAGCGGUACCGCAGGGCUGAUCUGACCACAGACCGGUAUCGCACAGCAGAUCCUCCCAGAUCAGAGAGAUACAGGACCACUGAGCAAGCCCCAAAACCCUUCUCCUACACCCGCCCCCACCAGGGGAUGUCCCAGACACUACAGGGGCACAGAGAGGACCGAGACAGGGGUCGAAACCUGAGCACUGCACUGAGCAGGGAUUCUCUCAUAGUGUGACAAGGCUCCUCAACCUCGAUCCGCACGGUGCCCCCAGUCCAUUCAUUAUAACCAUCCUGCAGCUACGCAGGAGAAACUAACUGUUCCACCAUCAUCUGCAUGACGUCGGGUUCAUCUCACUGAAAUAACCUCACUGAGAAACAGCAGAAGUGGAGGGAAAUCCUAAAAAAAUAACAUGCACAAAGGAACGUGUGCAGUAUUUAUAAGUUCAGGACAGUUUGUGGAUUCUAAAGCAUCACCAAUAUUUGUGGAUUUCUACGUGUUUGUUGUAAAAAUCUUACAUAAGUGGUGUGUGUGUGUGUUACCACUUGAGUUUGUUGAGUUGAGCUUACAUCAGUGCCAAGACGCUUUUAUUAUUAUUUGCCAAUUUCAGAAUAGUCUGAUGUAACUUUAAGCAGCCUCCAGUCUUCAUAUUUUUGCCUCAUUACUCUGCAACUCAGGUUUACAGUGUAUUUUUGCUUUUAUCGGUUAUUUGUGCGAAUAUAUGCAAGUACUGCACCUUGAAUUUAUUCUGUGUAUUGUUAUUGCACUGCUUAGAUACUUUUUUAAUAAAGACAUCUCUCCUGAAGUCUCGACUCUUACAUGAACAUGUCAUACUACAGCUGGGAAUGUGAGUUAACUUUGAUCAUCGAUUUAUCCAGCUGUUAUAUCCAAGAUCCAUCAAUUGGCCUAGAAAACUAGAUGCUGGUGUUAAAUUUCUUCUCAUAAUUUCCAAAUUCAAAGUGACAUACAAAUGAAUAUGACAUGCACAUUUUAUAACUGCAUGUUGGAAAACCAGUCGAGAGCAGAAACUAAUUUAUAUCAGAUGAAACUGAUACAACUGAUUUGAAAUAAAAUAAUAAAGAAUUGUGGUUUUACCAUUAAAAGUUAAAGAUCUGAUUGUACAGGUCCCAAAUUCACGUCAUUAUGCUUUUCAUUUACUUAAAACACAACUUUAUUGAGUUUCAUCCCUCAUAAAGCAUACUGAGGGAUGAAACUUAAAAUUUGGUGAUUGUCAUAGUUUCUGGACUCAUGGCAAAUGAUUUGCAUCCAUCUAAUUCAUCCAAUUACUUAGCAUUUGAUAUAAAUCAAAAAUAAUAUCUUAAAAAUUAAAAUAAUUGAUUCAUAAAGAAUUAGAGUAUUUUAAAUAUUUAGUAAAACUUGUUUAAUUAAAGAUGGAAGUCUUUCAAGAAUCCAUUUGCUUCAUAUCCAUCAUGUUGGCAUGCAAGGGCUUAAUUAAGGCCAAUAUAAUAAUAAUAAUAAUAAUAAUAAAUACAUGUGGAUCUGGGAGAAGAAUACUGUACAUUCUUGCAAGUAAAAGAUGCUUUUUAAGAAGUAACCUAAGUUAUAAGAAACAACUCAAAGUAAAUGUUACUUGCAUUUUUUUCUUCAUUUGCAUCUUAGCAAAAUCAGUCAUUUUUUCAGACUAGUAUUAUAGUUAUUUGUUUUUUUUUGUUUUGUUUUUUUUUGUAAAUGCUUGAUUAAUCCAGGUGUGUGCUCUACUAAUACUUUAUUUAUUUUCCCCACAGUUUUCUCAAAUUAAUAAUUUUCUGAAUUCAGGGUCUAAAGUCACAUCGUGUCAUAUUCCACUCUAAUCAGCUGUUCAGAUUAAUGUGCAAUUUUCUGUUUUUAUUAAUUAUAAAUGUUAAGGUAGAUUUUUUU